AUGGGAUUCGAGGCGCAGAUAGAUACAUUCAAACACAAGCAGAUAUGGUGCAAAUCGAUAUCAGCGUUAUCGACUAUCUCAGAGUCCAUUAGCUUUACAAUAAAAGAGGACACAUUGUCGUUAUCAUCGGUGAAUAUUAGUCGUACAUCACAUGGAGAGAUUAUAUUUAAAAGAUCAUUUUUUAGUCUGUAUGUGGUUGACUUUGACAAUAUAGGUUUGGAAGGGCUCUCUAAAGGGGAUGCAGCUACAGACUCGUCCUCGUCAUAUUCAUUCAUCAUCAAUUCAAAACAUCUUACUGCUUUGUUUCGAAAUUUCGACUCAAACAACAUGAAAUAUGUAAAGUUGAGGAUUCACUGGUCCAAUUAUGCAACAUCCAAUCUAAAAUACAAACUACUUAUUGAAAUACUAAAUAAGAAGUUGAUUAUGAAAAAGUAUCAAGCUGGAUAUCUACCUAUCACAAGAAAAGGAGUAUAUAUAGCAAAAGAAUACAAGGACUCGUUCUAUGAACAGGAGAACAGUAGCAAGAUGAUUGCACAGAAAACUCACCACAUAAUGAUUGACAUGGUUAUUCCGAAGGAAUUUCUUGAAAUGGUGCCUUCAGGAGCCGAGGAUUUCAAAAUUGACAUCAAAAAUGAAAAAGUACUGUUUGGUGGGUACACAAAAGAGGUGGUAAAGGACCGGGAUUACAUCAAACAGCCAAUGGCUGUGACUAUAACAAUAAGCCUUGAUGAACUAGCCGAUAGCAAUCUUAUAAACCCCGAUGAAUCACCUAUGCGAAUGUUGCUCAAUUUUGGAAUGAAAGAUUUCAAAAAUUUUUUAAACUUGGCCGGCGUUUUUGCAAACUCUUCAACAACACAACAAUUUGAUGAAGAAUACGCAGAUAUUGGACAUCACAGUGACUAUUUCCAUAUAUACUUUAGAAAUCCUGGUGAUCCUAUCUUGUUUGAUUUGCAGAACAAUCAACACGUUGAUGUUCAAUUCAUCCAAAUUACCGCCUCGGAUAACAAGCAGAUUGAGAAUGAAGUUGAGGUUGAUGUUCAAAAAUUGAAACGAAAACUUGAGUUAGAAGUGCCCGUGAUCCAUUCACCAGCGGGAAAGUCAGUUGAGUGUAAUGUUGAAUCAGACGAUUACCAACAAAACUCUUCCCCCGAACCCUCAAUUCAUUUUGCCUUUGGCAAACUACCGCAAAAUCGAAGAACUGUAAUAGAGUCAGGUAAGUUGACCCAACAGCAAAACACAGGAUGUAUUCCAUCAGAGGUGAAUGAGGAUGUGAUCACGUACAACCAAGGUUCGUUGGAAUCGACAGUAAAAAAUGACGACACCGAAUAUAGCGAUUCAGAGGAAGAAGUUAAUGAACCACCAUUGAAAAGAAGGUUGAUCGAUGAGGAGGAACUUGGCCCAACACAAGUAGAAAAGCCAAAAUCUAUUUUUUAG